AUGGGCUGCAGUUUCUCUUGCAAAAGACCAUCAUCUUCUCCUUCUUCAACCUCAAAAAAAUCGAACUUCAAAAAAGUAAUCAGAAUAGUAGAUUUAAAUGGCUACACUGAAGAAAUAGAUUAUCCAGUGACAGUUGGUGAAGUAACUGGCAAUCCACCAAAGCAUUUCUUGUUCACUCACACUCAGCUCCUAUCUUCUGCCUCAACUCCUCUCAAAUCGGAUACCCUUCUCGAGCAAGGCCGUUUAUACUUCUUGCUUCCUUAUUCUCUCUUCGAUUCCAACGUGUCGCCGUUGGAUUUGGCCCCCAUAGCAAGGAAACUUUCCCAAACUAGCCGCUCAAAAAAAUCCAAAUCAAGAAAGCAAAAUAUUCCUUCAUCGAACGCCGGUUUCUCAGACACGAGUGGUAAUAAAACGGACAACGAUGAAGUGUUACGCGAGCCCAAGUCGAGAUCAUGGAAGCCCGUUUUGGCUACUAUCCGUGAGAGAUCGUUCAAUCAGAGAAGUGAAUCAGAUUUGCUGGAAAUGUGA